CAGGAGCAGAAAGCCGAGGCUGGCGGGCGCAGAGAGGCGCGGGCGGCGGAGCGGCGGGAUGCGGCGGCGCCGGGGCGAAGGGCUGUCGGGGCUGGUCGUGCUGCUGCUGGCAGUGGCUGCGGGCAGAGCCCAGGUGCAGCAGGAGCCGUCGGCAGAGACCCCCGAAAGCACCGGCAUCAACAUCACUUGCUCGCACCCCAACAUACAGACCACGGAGUUCAUCUACUGGUACCGUCAGCUCCCGGGACGAGGCCCCGCACUGCUCCUGAGCACUCUCAAAGACUCCAAAGAGCUGCGGGACCCGCCGGGGCGGCUGUGGGUGUCGGCAGAGCGCCGCUCCAGCGCCCUGUGGCUCGCCCGGCCCCGGCGCGGGGACGCGGCGGUGUAUUACGAGGAAAAUGGCAGCCACAAGGAAACCAGUUGUCUGAGGUGUAUAGUAGACAAAUUUCUGAAGCAGGCAAUCCAUGAACAGACUAGGACAGAGGCUCUCUGUGACCUGCUACUCACAAAUGAGGAAGAACUGUUGGAUGAUGUAAAGUUCAAGGUCAGCCUUGCCUGCGGUGACCAGGAGUCUGUGGAGUUUAAGAUCCUCAGAGAACUGACCAAGACAAACAGGACAACUACUGCAAUGGACUUCAGGAGAGCACAUCUUGAAGUGGCCAGGGAUUGA